AUGCGCACUGCCUCCUCCGCGGGUUGUAUUUUAAGGGGCGCCCGGGAGAGCUGCGCGUGGUUCAGCGUGCACUAACUGAGCCGGACCGAGGCGGAGAGGAAGCGCCUUUCACAGGACGGAGAGAUGGAUGACAAAGAGGAAAGGAGGAAAGAUGAGAACGCCAACGAAGACAAAGUCACUCUGAAAAAAGAGAUUGGACUUAUGAGCGCGUGCGCUAUUAUCAUCGGGAACAUCAUUGGUUCUGGGAUAUUCAUCUCGCCUAAAGGAGUGUUGGAGCAUGCAGGCUCAGUGGGACUGUCGCUCAUCGUCUGGGUCUGUGGAGGGGGGAUCUGCGCCCUUGGGUCCUUGUGCUAUGCUGAACUUGGCGUCACAAUCCCAAAGUCUGGAGGAGACUAUUCUUAUGUGACAGAAAUCUUUGGAGGGCUUGUAGGUUUCCUGUUGUUAUGGAGUGCCGUCCUCAUCAUGUAUCCAACUACACUGGCUGUCAUUGCUCUCACCUUUUCCAAUUACGUCUUACAGCCAGUCUUUCAAAACUGCUUGCCUCCAUUCAUCGCCACCAAACUGCUCGCCACCAUCUGUGUCUUGUUCCUGACCUGGGUGAACUGCUCCAGUGUGCGCUGGGCCACGAGGAUUCAGGAUAUCUUCACAGUAGGGAAACUCCUCGCUCUAGGGCUCAUCAUAGUCGUCGGACUCGUCCAGAUCUUUAAGGGUCACUACGAUGCCCUGCAGCCCAGUGUGGCCUUCGAGUUCAGUCAGGACCCCUCAGUUGGACAGAUAGCGCUGGCCUUCCUCCAAGCCUCCUUUGCGUACAGCGGCUGGAAUUUCCUCAACUACGUUACAGAGGAGGUCGUGAAUCCACGCAGAAACCUGCCCCUUGCUAUCUACAUCUCUAUCCCACUGGUGACGCUGGUCUACACCAUGACCAACAUCGCCUACUUCACCUCCAUGACCCCAGAGGAGCUGCUCGCCUCCAACGCUGUGGCAGUGACUUUUGGGCAGAAGCUGCUCGGCAUGUUUUCCUGGGUCAUGCCGAUCUCUGUGGCCUUGUCCACGUUCGGAGGGAUCAAUGGGUAUCUGUUCACCUCGUCCAGGUUGUGUUUCUCAGGGGCCAGAGAGGGUCACCUGCCGUAUCUGCUGGCUAUGAUCCACCUUAAAAACUGCACCCCUAUCCCUGCCCUGCUGCUCUGUUGCAUCGCCACAAUACUCAUCCUGUGCAUUGGAGAGACGCACAAUCUGAUCAACUACGUGUCCUUCAUCAACUACCUGUCCUACGGGGUCACCAUCGCCGCUCUGCUCUACCUGCGCAAGACCAGACCCAGCCUGGCCAGACCCAUCAAGGUUAACAUCCUGGUCCCGAUCAGCUACCUGGUCUUCUGGGCCGUCCUGCUGGGCUUCAGUUUGUACUCCGAGCCUGUGGUCUGUGGUCUUGGGAUGGUCAUCAUGCUGACCGGAGUCCCCGUUUUCUUUAUCGGCGUUCAGUGGAAAGACAAACCCAAGUGGAUUUACAUGCUCGUCGAAAAAGUGACGUACCGGGGCCAGAAGCUGUUUUAUGUAGUGUUUCCACAGGGAGACUCCUCAGAGACUGAACCCCUCACUGCCAAAGAGCAGUGAAGUCCAUCUUUGUGCACCAACAUCUGCACUCCCAGUUUUUGUCUUAAUUUUUUUUUUUUUUUACAUUUCUUGCUCAGUGAAUUCUGAAGUAAUGUGUUCAUACAGAUUCUUGCACAGGUGCCGCUCGAACCGGACGAGAGUAGAAAAAAAAUAACUUUUGAGAUGAAUACGAAAGCAUUUCCUGCACUUGGCCAUAUUUUAUUUCUACUGCUGCCUUGAGCACUAGAGUAUUAACUACAGUACUUACAUGAUGUUCACUUGUACUAAAGUUCCUGUCAUUAUCUCUGCUUGGCUACAGUAUCUGGACUUUAUUUUUUUCCUACCUUUGAACCCAUUUUUUGUUUGUUUAAUCUGUUGCAGCCGUUUCCUGGGAUCCCUUCAGUGCCUUGUUGCUGCUAACAGUUCUUAAUGAUAUUUAUGUGGCCCAACAAAGUCGAGGAGGAUGAUGAUGAGUUUGGUUUGUUAGCUGGCUGGAUUGCUGAUUAUCUUAAAAACCGCAUGUUUGCGACACACGAAGGCGAGCUGGACUUCCAGUUUUCAAUGUUUGCCUCCUUCAGUCUCUUGGUGUAGACGCUUGAAGACCGUUUGGAGCUUGUGACUUCAAAAAUGUUUCCGCUCUGUGAAUGCCACCAUAGCCUCUUUAAAAUGGUUUCAUCAGCCAAGAUGUGACUGCUCCCACUGUCAGAACUGUGUGUUCUUGUUUUGCUUACCAUUAAUGUGUUGUUGGAUACCAGCAGACUGCAGUCGGACAGAAUGAGGGGGAACGAUCCCUCACGCUCUCAAAGUUUCAGUCCCUGCAAUGAUCCCGGGCCUACUGACUUGUCAUAAAUCAGCUGACUGUGGCACCAGUGGCAUUCUGCUGCAAUUCGUCAACUUCUGGAAAUGCCUCGAUUGUGUUUGUUUUGUUGACCAAGCAAUGGUGAAAAUAUCAGUUUUGGUAAUGGAGCUACUUUUACAACCUGUGACAAUUUUGAUCCAGAAGGUUUUUUUUCUUUCUUAACUAGCACUCCUUAGUUGUGUUGUAAAUACAGCAGAACAAACAAAAGAUCCGUUUUUUUGUUGUUGUUUUUUAUCAAAACCUGACCUAAACCCUGAAAAGUUGGGACUGGAAAUUAACCUGUAGUGCUUUCAAUGACCUGACGGUGCUGGUAAAGCUUCUGUGCAUCACUUGUUUGUUACACGUUAAGGACAUGGGAAAAGGACAAAGGUUUGUCGUGUCCAGCAGCGCUGUUGGCUCUGACGUUUAUAAAUGCUGUGUAAAGAAGAUGACGUGCG